CUGGGAGGUGAUCACUACCCUCCCGAAGCUGAGGUUAUGGUCCCACUACUGUGCUAACGGAGGUUAAGUGCUCAACUCAAAAUCGUGUUUUAAAUCUGGGUUACGUGUGGCAGUGUGCUGUCUGUGUAUUUCUUUACAGUUCACGUGUGAUACGAACAAUUAUGUUGUAUUUUAUUUUGUCACAUUUUUCUAGCGUCAAACAUUUUGACUGGGAAAUACUGGCAUUAUUCAGGAAUGUACAGUUUUAAUUUUGUGUUUAUGGUCUUUGCAUCGGAUGUGAAUUCUGCACGAUUUCAUCUUCAGACUUAAAAAUGUAAAGUUACGUUCUGUAGGAAGAUGUUAUGGAUGGAGCGUUCAUGGACAACGUCAAGAACUGCAAAAAAAUACCGGGUCGAACAUGCAUAAACAUGGAUGCUGUCAUUCGCAAUUUCUUAACGGACCGCUCUGAGAUAUACCCCCAUUUACGUUUCUGUCAUCGCUAAUGAUACGGCAAACAUGCUGGGCAGCAGUGACGAAGGCGACCCCACGCCCACGGUAGAGGCCGAGUCCAUGGAGGACCCGCUGACAGUGGGACCGCCUUCACGUGACUCACAGAUGGCUGCAGCAGACGAGGAAGCCUCGCCAAUAGUGAGGCUUCGCGCUCAUCAUGAACUCAUGACUACCCAUGUCCCACCGGAGCUCGAACUCAGGGAACCUGGUUCCGGUGUGUGGACGAGGCAACAUGUGUCCCGGGGAACCCGUUACGGACCCUUCCUCGGAAAAUGGACACCGGAGCCACUCGACCCGCGAUACGCCUGGGAGGUCAGAGUCGUUGGGAGUGGGAUCCGGGGUUUCCUAGACGCGAGCGUCGAGUUCUGUAAUUGGUUAAAAUACGUCCGUUCUACGAAUGAGAGUGAGGCUCAGAAUGUACGCACCUUGCUAUUGGCUGGCCAGAUAUUCUAUGAAACGACAGCCGAGGUUGGGUCGGGAGAGGAACUGCUACUGGGGCCCCGGGAACCUCUGCAACUCGACAUGUUCGGGGAGUCGACCACAACUUCUGAAGACCGCAGCGACAGAGAGACCGAGUCCCAGCAUUCGGGGACAGUCGACGACGAGCGGGACGAAGGGGAGGAGGAUGCGGAGGACACCCGGUGCGCCCUCUGCAGCAAGGACUUCCCUGAUACCGACCAAUUGGACGAGCACCUCGUAACGAACCACCGGUACCCGGCCGACCAGUACAAGUGUGAGCUGUGCCCUCGAGCCUUUUCCUGGAGGCCCAGUCUUCAGCGACAUCGGGCUCUUAGUCACGAAGAGAUCCGAAAGUACCCCUGCGAAAACUGCAGCAAGGUGUUUACGGAUCCAAGCAACCUACAGCGCCACAUUCGAACGCACCACGUGGGCGCCCGUUCGCACGCUUGUCCCGAGUGUGGCAAGACGUUCGCCACGUCAUCAGGGCUCAAGCAACAUACACAUAUCCAUUCGAGCGUGAAGCCUUUCCAGUGUGAAGUGUGCUUCAAGGCCUACACGCAGUUCUCGAACCUGUGCCGCCACAAACGCAUGCACGCGGACUGCCGCAUGCAGAUCAAGUGUGUGAAGUGUGGCCAGUCCUUCAGUACUGUCACGUCACUCUCAAAGCACAAAAGAUUCUGCGAUUCCACUACGACGUCAGGCGGAGGCGGCGCUCAUCCUCCAUCCCAGCAUCACCCUCCCUUACCUCCAAAUCCCGCCUCCGCCAUGACCCAUCUUCCGCAUCCACACCCUCAGCCUGGGAACAGCACCAAUCCUUUCCUUAUGUACUCGCGACCUCCAGCAGGACUUCCUUUUUAUCCUUCUCCUCUCAUCAGUCCGUACCCUUCAAUUUUUCAUCAUGCUUCCCCCCAUCCAUCCCAUUCAUUUCUUAGCAGUCCGUUAUUGUUCCCCGCUGGACAUCACGCCAAGCUUCUGGAUGAUGAUCAUCUAUCAAAACACAACACUGGGCUGACCGCAGAGUGCAGUCAGCGCCAGCAGGUCUCUCUUCAGCGUCGUGACGGUAACGGACAAGACCAACAGUUGCUUUCCGAGAGGAAUAGUACAGAAAGCUUGAGGAAUGGACAGUCCCUCACACCACCUCACAUGGCCGCAGGACAUAACAAAAUUUCGCCACCCUCAGCGGAUGAGGCAGCGUCACAACUCCGGCCGUCACCAGCGCGACCCCCCUUGAGUGCAAGUGGAGGUUCUACGUACCCCAAUCCCAGAGACUCACUCCCUACAGCCAGUGAACUUCGCAUGUCUGAAGAUGAUGAUAAUGAACAAGAGUGUUUACCAAGAGAUUUGUCUGCAGGGAGUGACACCCGUACACUUUCUCAGGAACCAGAAAAACGUGUUGAACACGAAGAGACAAGACCAGGAUCGACAAACAGCGCUGAGAAAUCUGAAGGUGAAGAACCACUUGAUCUUCGAGUGGAACGUAAAAGAAGACACGACAAAGACGAUGACGUGAAAGAACGUGAAGAACACCGUCCAUUUGUAUGUGCAUCUCCUCCUGCGAUGCAAAAGGUGAGCGAAUCAAAGGAAGGUGUCGCGGGUUCAGAAAAACGGUCGGUCCAAUCUCCAGUUAGACAACAGUCUCCACGGGAGCCACGGUCACUCCCACCACCACACCCUCUACCACCACAAGCACCACAAACGAAUCACCCGACACGAAGCCCUCUGCCAGAAAAAGUUCCAUCUUCGCUUGCGGUCAGCAUUUCGCCGACAAUGGCCUAUCCACGCCCAAUUCACCCCAUGUUCCUUGAGGCGAUGUACCGACCUCCAUUCCCAAGCUUCCCACCACCGCCACCGGGUCCAGGUCAUCACGACCGUCUUUUGCCCCCGCCACCACCACCGUUUGGAAGAUUUCCUUUUCUUGGACCUUUGGUUAAUGGUAUCAGUAAUGGCCACAUUGGGAACAGGCCACCGUUUGACCUUCUAAGAGCACCAUUGUCUGGUUUCGGUUCCAGUAAACCUUACCAAGAUGUCUUAAGUCCACACCUCGGAGCCAACAAUGGCGGUGGGGGUGCUGGCAACAGCGGUGGUAAACUGAAGGAUCGCUAUUCGUGCAAGUUCUGUGGCAAAGUGUUCCCCAGAUCCGCCAACCUGACCCGCCAUCUACGUACCCACACAGGGGAACAACCGUACAAGUGCAAAUACUGUGAGCGGUCUUUCAGCAUCUCGUCCAACCUGCAACGCCACGUGCGUAAUAUCCACAACAAAGAGAAGCCUUUCAAAUGCCCUCUGUGCGAGCGAUGCUUCGGCCAGCAGACCAACCUGGACCGGCACCUUAAGAAGCAUGAGACCGAUGACGGCAGUGGCGUGGUUUCAGUGGCGGACAGCCCAGGAAGUAGUAAUGAAAACGAUCGCGAGGACUCGUGUUUUGAUGAAAUACGAAGUUUCAUGGGGAAAGUGACCAACAGUGGUGCUGGAGAUCAUCUCAGCAAUAACCUUAUAAGCCUUCAAACACAUCUGUACAGUACUCCUCGUAUGUCUUUCCCUCAUGUGACUGACGUGGUGCAGAAGGAAGAUGAGGACUCAGAAGGUCUAUCAGAAGAAGUGGUAUCUCCGUCCAGGUACCGAGAAGAGAGGCUGAAGCUUCACCCUUCUGAGGACUCUCCUUUGUCCAUGAUGGUCAACCAGUCUCCUGUCUCUUAUGAAGUGAAAGUGAAAACUGAGAACCCAAUAAAAGAAGAACCUGCAGCCACCAAUAAUAACUGCAAUGAACAAGAAGCCAUACAAGUCUCCACCUAGCGAUAAGAGAUUUAAACACACUCUUGGUGCAGUCAGGGCAGAAACAAUUGAUGUGGCUCGAGAAUAUAUUCUGCAGAUCACAACAGAAAAAACAUUUAUUAGAUGGAAUAUAAUUUAAAAUGUAUAGAAAUAAAUUGGACUGAUUCUGGUUUGGCUGCACCAGACAUGAAUACACUACACGCAGUUUACGCUGUCAUCUCAAUAAAAUAGUUCCUAGAAUUGAAACAAAGAAAGGAAUAUUGGACGUUAUUACGACAUUUUAAACUCAUUUACGGACUUCAAAUAUAGGACAGGGUCUUGCACUGAUUACAUAGCUAAAUCUUUUUUGUCUGAUACAGCUUAGAACCCAUGUAUAGAUACUGUUCCACUCUUGGAUACUAUUAGGUGGAAGCUUCGUGAAUGGUUGCUGAAAUGCAGUUUAACAAGGCAAGAAUCCCAAUAUCUCAUCGGAUCAACUGUGUGUGAAUGUGUGAUGUAUAUAGGCUAUACGUAAUGGUUUGAGUGUAUUAAAAAUAAAUGAUAGUCACUAUAGCCAAAGGUUAAUAUUUCCCUAAAUGUACAAAUUAUGGAAAAUAAAAUAAAUUUGUGUUGCAUGAAAGAGAAAGUGUUGACACGAAAAAUGCUUUCAACUUCAUAACACAAAAUACAUACUAAUGAAAGUAAUCCAGAAAUGGCACAAUGUUGUAUUCUAAGAUUUAAAUAGUCACAGUUUACUUACUGUACAUUUUAUGAUUACCUACAAGCACAAAAUACUUCUCAACACAUUUAAUGUGUUCAUUCUAAAAUAAUAUUUAAUCAGUCCAUUAACUCAAAAAGGCAGAAGUGAGAGCUAAUAACAAGAAGAAAAUAAAAGUUUUACAAAAGGCAGGCCUUUUCAUCAACUUGACGUUUGUAUAAGUAAUAAUUUCUAGAUACAAAUAUUUGUGAUGUCACCUACAUUCAAAAUACAGAUUAAUCUCUAAGUAUUUAUUAUACUUUUUUGCACUAAAAUAGUUAAUUGCCAAAGAAUUUGCAGUAAUUUAUGUUUCUUUGGCUUCAGACCAAAAUAUUCCUGUGCACCGAAACUCUUUAAGCUUAAAACAGUUUCUUAGUUAAAUCAUAAUUUUGUGUAGAUAUAUAGUCAAUUCUCUGCUACAUUGUUCUAAUUUCGUUUUGACCCUUCACAUACACUUGAGUCUGGUUUCAUAAAUAUUCUAAUUAUAUCAUUCAGCUUUAUACAUUAUGUUGUCCCUACAGCAAGUUAAUGUAAAAUAAUACUUUAGUUCUUAUGUCCUUAAUUCAUUGUUUAAUCCACCAAAACACACGCAUUAUUGCAUGUACUUCAUGCUUUUUUAAGAAAAAUCUCUACACUUUGCCUGCAGUGUUAUGGGUUCUGAAUGACUCUCACAAAUUACAGACUUUAUUUUUUGCACAGCUUAAACCGACUGAUGGAGAAACAAUGUUUUCUGUGAGGUUUGCUAUGAAUUUCUAAGCAUUAUUCACACGAAUACCAGGGUCCAAAAAAUUAAAACCCAAUCAUAUUUAUUCAGAUAAUGUUAUUAUCUUAAUAGCAAUUAAAAAUAAUACAUUUCAGAUAUGGGCAUAUUAGAAUUUCAAAUGAACACAGUGGUGUGGUAUUUAUAUUUCUAUGGACAAAUAAUGCUUCUCCAAAGAAAACGAAUCUGUACUAUAUUACAUAUCAAUAUAAAUUCAUAAUUCUUUCUGCAGCAACACAAAACAAUGGAUGAAGGACUGAGAACUCUGUUAAGGUUAAGAUAAUAUGAAUAUUAUUCACAAACACAGUACAUAAGUUAUAAAAGAUUUCGUGUUCUACGUCAUUUAUAAGUAUGAAGAGGCUAUAGUUUGGCUCCAAAUGUUUCAUUUUAAUCUAAAUACUAGGCUACCAAUCUCAUAUGAAUAGAUUAUACUGUACUAAUCAAUAACACGAUUUAAUUUUGGUUUAAAUGUUUGAAAAAAAAAGGUGUCACACAAUGUAAAAACACACUAUUUUUACUUUGUCCAUUUUAUGUUUUCCACAUUAAUUUGAAAUUGAGUUCUGUUUCCCUCAUUAGGUGGACAGGAUAUGAAGAAACUCCUAUGCGGUCUUCUAAUGCGAAGGACCAGGUUAUGAGAUCGGUACCAAGGAGCCCAAAAGUGUAGGAAUUUAUUUGCAUCCUGCCCACCUGAAGAUGAAAAUAGAGCACAUUUAGGAAACCUGGUUCAUACGUACAGAACUAAGAUGAUGGCCAAAAUCCAAGACAAGAUGGGUUCUUAAAUAUUACAACAUAUAUAAUAUAUUUCAGCCUCCUCGGUUCUAAAAGAAGUUGAGCGCCACACAGAAGUCAGUACACAUUUCACUACUGAUGACACAUGACUGAACUCUCCUGGUGAGAAUUUGAACUUUUAUUCCUGAAUCAUCUGGCACUAGCAGAUUGAAUUAAUUCGCUGUGUAUGUUCAACAAGUAUUACUUUCAUAAAUUUAUCGUAACAAUUUUUAUUUUAUUUAAAACAAUUAUACGAUUUCCAUUUGAUAUACCUUACAUAUAUGUGUUUGCUCUAUUCAAUUAAAUGGUAAUAUUUAUUGUUUUCAAAUAACUAAACUCUUUCUAAUUACUUAACUCUGUAUUAUAAUGACUAUAUACACACCCUACAAUUUGUAUCAUACAUGCCAAAACAUAUCAAACACAAAAUACUACCAUUAUGAAAAAGCUCACGGAAGAAAUGUGAUGAUAGUCUAAUUUCAUAUUUCAUAAUUAAGUGCAACAUACUCGCUUCGUGGAAACGCAGAGUUCCUGGGACACAUACUCAUAAAAUUUAACGUUCAUAACAAAUAUUAUCAUAUUCACAUCUAAUUAAAAUCGGUUCUAUCUAGUGGUUCGCCGAAACAAAUUAUCUUAAGAAUUUAAAUAAUAAAAUAUUAUGAAUCGAGGCUAUGGUAAAAAUUCAACGCUUUACAAAGAGUUUUAAGAAUGCAAAUCUUUGUCACAUUCAAGUGGAUUGACUGUAGACUACAUUCUAUAAUAAGCGUAAGCUUCAUAAAUUGUGUUAAUAAUUUAAAUCGUCAGUUUAAAUGAUUUGACUACAAGGUAUAUUCUGCAGCAACAAUGCAGAAAUUUUAAAAUUAUAUUUAGCUUUUACAUCUCGAGAAUAUUUAAAUUAUUUGAAUAUUUAUUCUAUUGCAAGAGUGCAUAAAGUUCAAAGCUUCACAAGGUUAAAGCCACAAAUCUUAUAAAAAUAUUACGUGUUUACACAUCAAAGUUUUAGACAUUAGGAACAGUGAUAAUGUCAAUGACCACUUAUCUGUAAAUAAUAUUUUGUGUGUGUGUGUGGACGAAACGUGUCACCAUGCUGUCCGAGUAUCUGUCACUAUCAACACCCCAGUCUUUUUCAUUUUUUUGCUUCUCAUAGAACAAAACUCAUGUCGAACUGUUUCCGCCUGUCUGACGUGAGAUUCCAGUUUACCGUUUUAAAUCUUUCAGAAUAAUAACUAUUUAUGAUGAUAUAGUAAUAUCUGUGUAUGUUCUUUGAUUGUUACAUAAGGUGUGUAUAGUGUUGAAUGCCUCAAGAGACUUCGUUAGAGAAGACAAGAAUGUGUAAUAAACAUCAUAUUCAUUACCUGAUUCCUAACGUCUUCUUACUUUAUUAAGGACCUAAUUUCUG